CUCCCCUUAGCAUUCCACCAACAUAAUACAGCCAAUUAAAACAAAAAAAUCUACUUGAACAAGAUAAAGGUGCAGAAUAAGCAUACAAGCUACGAGAUUCUAUCUAGCAAUUAAAUAGAAAAAGCGCAUUCAUUAUUAUCAAAUAUGAAACAGAUAGAGAUGGGGGGUAACCUAGAAGCUUAGAGUUGUUUCCAGCUCGUAGUUCUAGCCAGGGUGACUCUCCUCUGCUAUGCCGUCAAACUGCCAUCUGUAACAAUUAUCUUCCAUGUGUCUCUGAUCCUUCAGACACCUCCCUAGUUUACAACAUAGAACCAUGCCAAUUGAACCACCACGUGUACAUUCACGUGUCAACAUCUAGCCAAGUGUCAACGCCCCCCAAGACUCCAAUACAGCUGGCAAUCCCCUCUAUAUACGCUCUAUACAGAGGUUGCCCCUAAAACACCAAAGAGUGACAAGAACCCCGACAGUACCGAAUUGUAUUGCUCGAAAUACAGUCAAGAGCAGCGUUGUCACUGACCGAAGAUGAGCCAGGGACAGUCAAGGAGGCCUCAAGCAGCAGAUCAACGUGAGAGCCAACCCAUCAAAUACGGAGAUGUUUUUAACGUAACAGGUGAGCUCCCCAACAAGCCUAUUGCACCUCAAGAUGCAGCCAUGAUGCAGACAGCUGAAACCGGGGUGCUAGGUCAGACCCAGAAAGGCGGAACAGCUGCUGUCAUGCAAGCUGCAGCUACACGAAAUGAGCGAGCUGGUAUUGUCGGUCACAAUGAUAUCACAGACAUGGCCGGCGAUCAAGGCGUCAGCGUCUCUGAAACAGAUGUUUCAGGCCGCCGUAUAAUCACAGAAUUAGUUGCUGGACAGGUUGUUGGACAAUAUGUUCAAGCCACGCCAGUUCCGACAACUCAAAUUGGGGUUAUUCAGCAAACUGCAAUAACUAUAGGGGAAGCUCUUGAAGCGACGGCCCAAACAGCCGGUGAUAAACCUGUUGAUGAAAGCGAUGCGGCAGCAAUUCAAGCAGCAGAGGUGAGAGCAACAGGUUCAAACGUUAUAAUCCCAGGUGGACUCGCAGCUACAGCUCAGUCUGCGGCGGCUCAUAAUGCUUCCGUGAACCGCAAUGAGGAAAAGAUCCGUCUCAAUGAAGUUUUAACGGGUGCGUCUGCGAAGUUGCCAGCGGAUAAGGCAGUGACAAGGCAGGAUGCUGAAGGAGUAGUGAGUGCACAACUGAGAAACAAUCCGAAUGUAGCAACGUGUCCAGGUGGAGUAGCUGCUUCUAUUGCUGCAGCUGCCAGGCUGAACGAGAACGCUAACAUUUAAUCACAGUUAUAUAUAGCUAUUAUAGUUAUAAUGCUGGCCUGUGAAAAGUUUCG